AUGAACUUUCAUAAUCGUAUUCGUAAUGAUUUUGGCAAGGAUUGCUUGUAUCGAAUUAGACAUUUGGAAAGAACUGGGCAGAAGAUCGCUCGUUAUCGCAACCACCUUCGGUUCAGCUUGCAUUGUAAACACAACAGGGUCACACCUGUGAGUCUACAACUGUCGAGCGCUGUCAAGGGGGGUAAAGCGGAUAACAUCUUACGCAAAGCAGAGAGAGCUUUAUUAAAUGUACGUGUUGGACAAAUAGUUGGAAAGAUCAACUUUCUCAACAGUGAAAAGGAACGUUUGAAUGCCGCCAUUUCGAAUGAAUUGCCGUGUGACGUCAUAUCGGAAGUGAAAACGCGAGUGGAGAGGUCACAGGUCAAAGAACACGAGGCUUCCAAAACACGACAGCAAAACAAAUUCGCUCGGUUGUUGGAGAAGAAAAACGCGGAAAAUUCUCGGAAUUUUAACACAAACAUCGCGUCAGAUUGCAUCGGUAAAUGGGUGAAAAACUGCUCUGAUCGUCUGUUGAGAGAUUCUGAAUUGUCGGUGUUAGUGAAAGGGCUUAAUUUCUCCGUAGCGCCUACAGAGGUUCCCGUUGUUGACAUCAUCACUAGUACGGAAACCGCAUGCCGUAAGUUGAACGAACGCAGUGCUACUGAGUUGAGAUCUAAAGUCGUUGGAUUACUGAGCCGACCGAGAAAACUCGAGCCCAAUCUCAACAAAGAAGAAACUGAGGCUUUGAACGAUUUGAAGAAAGAUAAGAACAUCAGAGUUUUACCAGCAGACAAAGGUAGGACUGUGGUUAUUCUGAACACUUGUGAUUAUAAUAGCAAAUGUGAAUCUCUUUUGAAUGAUACCAACACUUACAAGAAACUUGGUUCGAAGGAUCCUACAAGCAAGUAUAAGAAGGAACUUGUUAGUGCUCUACAAGAAAUAGAGAGAGACGGUGGUAUCAACAGAGACGAAUAUCGCAGGUUAUACCCAACUACAGAUACCCCUCCUAAGUUUUAUGGUCUCCCUAAAAUCCAUAAACCGAACAUUCCACUUCGACCGAUUGUAAGUAGUAUUGGAUCAAUUACUUAUAACUGUGCCAAGCAUCUUGCCUACAUUUUGUCACCUUUAGUUGGUCAGACUUGUCACCAUGUAACUGAUUCUCAAUCUUUUGCUGAAUGUAUUAAGAAUGCGCGUGUUGAGGAAGACGAGGAACUGAGAUCAUAUGACGUGACAGCUCUUUUCACUUCAGUUCCUAUUGACAAGGCCCUGAAGAUUAUCCAAUCCAAACUUCAGAGCGUGAACACUUGGAAAGAUAGGACUCGCCUAUCAGUGGACCACAUUGUGAAACUGUUGGAUGUUUGCCUGCGAUGUACUUAUUUUGUUCACAAUGGCAUAUAUUAUCAGCAGAUCCAUGGAGCAGCGAUGGGAUCGCCAAUUUCCCCCAUUGUUUGUAAUCUGUACAUGGAACAUUUUGAACAAUUAGCUCUUGAGUCAGCACCUCAUCCUCCAAUAUGGUGGUUUCGAUAUGUUGAUGAUACACACACUAAACUCAAGAAAGAAUUCUCGCAGGAAUUUACUGAUCAUCUGAACUUGAUUGAUCCGGACAUUCAAUUCACCACUGAAGGUGAGGAAGGACGGUCGCUGGCAUUUCUUGACACUUUGACGGUUAUUCAACCAGACGGCAACUUGGAUAUCAAAGUUUACCGUAAACCUACGCACACCGACCAAUACCUGAACUUUUCCUCUAAUCACCCACUUGAACAUAAGCUUGGUGUGAUCAAGACUCUUUUCCAUCGAGCGGAAGCGGUUAUCACAGACCCAGUCACCGUUUCUGAGGAAAAAGCACACGUUAAACAGGCUCUCUCCAAGUGCGGCUAUCCUAGUUGGGUCUUCAACAAGAUCGAUAACUCAGCUAAAGGAAAGUCUCCGCCUAGAAAGGACAACCCCAAGCCACCCAAAGGACAGAUUGUACUUCCGUACGUUAAAGGAUUAUCGGAAGCCCUUCGUAGGAAUUUCAGUCAAUUUGGCAUUAGGGUGUGUUACAAACCAACAAGGACCCUUAGACAGUACUUGGUUGCGCCGAAAGAUAAGACAGAGAAGAAGGAUAUCACCGGUCCUAUUUAUUUGAUUCCUUGUCAAGGACAGACGACUAAGGGUCUAUGUCAGGAAUCUUAUAUAGGAGAAACAGAACGUUCCCUUAGGACAAGAUUCCUUGAACACCGACGCCCUAGCUCCACUUCCUCCGAGGUAUCUCAGCACAUCCACAUCGAAUCCCCUGGCCAUUGUGUUGACAUCAACAAAGUACAAGUGCUGGACAGGGAGCCGCGGUACUUCGAGAGAGGUGUGAAAGAGGCCAUCUACAUCCGGGCGUUCAGACCUUCUCUCAACAGAGACGGGGGGCGAUACAAGCUUCCGAAUGUCUACGACCCGAUCAUCGAUCAUUACGUCACUAAGGUCAAAUCGGGUCACAUCGCUGACGAAGGUUGCAGUUAG